AUGUCAAAUUAAUAAUUAAAUAUAAAUUUAAAAAAAGCCCUUUUAGCUUUUUAAAUCACAAGACUUCUUCCAGAUACAACAAUGAGUAAUACCAAAAAUAGAGUGUAUAAAAAGUCUUAGACUGCAAACAGCUCUAAGUGUCUCUUCGUUCCUAAGAACCAGGAACGAGAUCAAUUCUACGUCACGCCGCCUUAGAAACGCAAGAAUCCGCUUUCCAAUAUUGAAGAAUUGAAUAUUGAUUCUAAUUGUUCUACGGACAGCAGUCAACGCUUAGAGAAUCUAAGUCCGGCCUACUAUUGCCCAAAAGGCAAAGAACCUUGUGGUGAACUUUAGGUUGUCCUUGAUGGGGGUCUGAUCUAAGUGAUAUCCUAAACAAGGAGUAGGAGAAAAUCACGAAAGUUCAGUGACCAAGAGACCUAUGCAAUGAGCAACUUCAUAGCUGGUCCUAAAUGUCUAGACAUCCCAUGUCCUUAGUUCCUUUGAUCAUAAAUAUAUCUAUAAAUCAAAACACGUCAACCACACAGAUGAAA